AUGUCCCCUGGAUACGAGGCUUCUAUCAGAAAUCACCUCGUGAGAUUCCCCAACGAUACAAACUUUGUCACCGAGCUCGCCGAGGCUGGCAAAGAUAAGGGAGGGAAUGGCUUUGGUAUCGUCGUCUGUAUGGAAGAAUACUGCUGGACAGAAAUCGCCCUGACGGCCGAACCCGCCAAACCUGACGGUGGCAGAAGCAUUGGCUGGGGCUCAAUGUUGGCGUUCCAACAGAGCCACUGCGGGAGCUCUGCGCACGUGCGAGGGAAGACUGAACGCUGCAAGAAGCUGAAUAUCCCCAUCGAGAAACCAUCCCCCUCUUCUGCAUCUCAACCUUCUCUCGCCACCCCCGCACCAGCGCGCACCCUGCCCUCUACCACCAAGAGCACUGGCAAACAGGUUCGCACCUCCAUCCUCGACGCCAUGUCCUCUCCUCCUUCCAACCGCACCCCUUCCGCCCCCUCUGGGACUACCGUCGCCAGAGCCACCCCGACCCCCGCUAGUAAAGUGUCUCCCGCCGUACCCUCUCGCCUGUCAAGUUUAUUUUCCCACGGCUCCAAGAUUGUGCAAUCCUCAUCAUCAAACGCGUCAUCUCGUGAGCCUCUUGCGCUCGUCAACAAGAACACGAAUGGUAAGGGUAAGCAACCUGUCCGCCAGGCGAGCUCCCCCUCCGGCCCUGCGCCUUCGUCUGGUCUCCUCGGAGAGGACGAGACUGAAGAAGACAUGGCUACUAUCGAGGAGCAGAACAGACGGUUUGACGAGAUCUUUGCUGCGAAGCGCGAGCCUGUCGCGUCUGAGCCUGCUUCAUCUCCCUCGAUCACGAGACCUAGUUCCGCUAGUGCUGGCAUCACGAGACCUACCUCUGCAAGUGCCGGGCCUUCUAACGCUGUGUACUCUCUGAUCCAUCAAGAUGUCACCGCAAAUAAGAGCGGUCUCGGUAUUGAGCAUGUUCCUCACGGAGACAAGGAGCAAAAGUACGCCGCCGAAGCGCAGCAUCUCGUCAAGUCUCUGUCAUCCUUCUUGCAGGACAAACACAAGCUGCGCCUCAUUCUUACUCGCAUCAAGUUUCUUCGAGAUCAGCUCGUGUCGCCCGAUACCGUCUACCCAUACGUCGGUCCUCCCAUCGACAUGGUCAUCACUUUCCAGAAUCUCCCUACCGUGAUUGCCAAGGGCGCUACGUACCUGCAUGACCUUGCAUCGGGAGCAGCGACGGGGCAGGUGAUGCAGAUUUCGUGCGGGUGCAAUGGCUCUAGCCACUAUAUCCCGCUCUGCGUCAAGUCAAAGGCUGCAAUCGCCCCUCCAUUGCCUGCAUCCGCCGUCGACAGCUUCCACAUGUCCCAAAUGAGCCAGGCGCCUCAUCCCAAUGCCUAUGCUGGGUCUAGUGGUGGAGCCGGCAAUUCGGGACAGAUUGCGGAUACCAUGGGGUUGUUGAGUCAGCCUGGGUAUGGUGGGAGGCACGGUUUCAUGGGGCUGGAUGAUGGUGAUGAUGACGCGGAGGAUGAGAUGUCUUUAUUCCAUCGUGAUAUCCCAAGUCUGGCUACCUUCUUCGCUGAGAGUUUCGGGAACUUCGCCUCCGACUCUACGGUUGAUGACGAUCUUCGAGUCCUCGGCCUCAGCUCUCUCAAGGAUUCUAUUCCCGGCCUUCGUAUCCAGCUCAUGCCGCAUCAAGUCAUGGGCGUCAGCUUCAUGACCCGUCAGGAGAAGAACCUUGCCUUCAGGGGUGGUAUCAAUGGCGAUGCGAUGGGAUUGGGUAAGACGGUGCAGAGUAUUGCUACUAUCGUGGCGAACCCGAGUCAGGAUCCCAAGCAGAAGACGACUUUGAUCGUGGCGCCUUUGGCGUUACUUGGCCAGUGGAAGGCCGAGAUCGAGAGCAAGACUACUCCUGGUCUUCUCAAGGUUCACAUACACCAUGGUCCCAAGCGUACGGCCUCCAUCGCCGCUUUGAAGCAAUACGACGUCGUCUUGACCACUUAUGGUAUGCUUGUUUCGGAAGGUCUGAGCGAAGUGAGUCCUGUCAAUUGUACUAUGAUCGACGAGGAUGGUAAACAAUUUGUUGACAAAAAGAAGAUUGGGCCCCUCGUCAAAACCAAUUGGUACCGUAUCAUCCUCGACGAAGCGCAUCAGAUCCGAAACCGCAAAACUCAGGCAUCCAAGGUCAUCUACACUCUCAAGGCUCAUCUCCGAUGGUGUCUCACUGGAACUCUCGUCGUCAACUCGUUGGACGACAUCUUCUCGCACUUGCACUAUCUGAAUAUUUCACCCAUGUCGCAAUGGGAAGCGUUCAGAGAACAAAUCAGCAGGAUGCAGAAGAGGUCUCCCAAGCUGGCUACCAAGCGUAUCCAGACAAUUCUCAAAGGCUGUAUGAUUCGACGACACAAGGAUACCCUUUUGAACGGUAAGAGGCUGCUUGAGCUCCCCACCAAGACGACUACGGUCUGCGACCUCAACUUUUCCGAGGAAGAGAGGCAGAUCUAUACUGCUGUUGAGAACCGCUUCAAGGUCACUUUCAACUCGUUCCUGAGGAAGGGUACAGUCCUGAAGAAUUAUCAUGUGGUGUUGGUCAUGUUGACACGUUUGCGACAAUUGACUUGUCACCCUUGGCUUCUUCGCCGGAACCCGAACGAUAUCAUUCGCGAUGGCGACGUGGUCAUCACCGACGAGGAUCUCUUUGGUGGUGUCGAAGCUCCCAAGUCUGAUGACAUCUCGGAACAAGCCCGAGCUUCCACCCUCGUCGGCCCCGAGUUUGUCGAGCGAGUCAAGGGCAUCAUCCUCGAGCGAAUCAAGCGUCUGGAAACCGCUUCCGACAAUGACAACGGUGAAGCCGGUGACUGCGAAUGCAGUAUCUGUUACGAACAGUUCACCGACGAGCGCAUCACUCCCUGCUGUCAUUCAUUCUGCGCCGAGUGUAUUGACAACAUCUUCAACUCUGCUCAAGGCAACGCGGACCUCGAUGACGCGGACGUGCAGGCAGGGAGGAGGAAAUGUCCUUUGUGCAGGACAGUGAUGGACAAGCACAAGAUCUUCCGGGCUUCCGCGUUCGAGCCCAAGGAGGCAACCGAGAAUGAGGAAGACAAUUGGGGCGAGCAGGCGGAGGAGGAUGAUGCGGAGGACUAUGGAGCAAAGAUCUCUGCUUUGGCAGAUGAAGCAGGGAUGUCAGACAAGAAGAAGGGGAAGAGAAAGGCAGUGGACCAAGUCAGGACUCGGAACAAGAAGAAGAGGAGCUCCAGUGUCGAGGAUGUCACCGACGACGUCGACAAGAAACCCGACGGCCUGGACAUCGAGGACGUAGUCCCUUCGACCAAAAUGCACAAGCUCGGUGAAUUGGUCGACGCAAUCAUUGCGCAAGAUCCCAACCAAAAGAUCAUUGUCUUUUCUCAAUUCGUGGAAUACAUCCAGCUCGUCUCCGUCUACUUGCGAAAGCGAGAUGUCUCUCACGUCAAAUAUGUGGGAUCGAUGAAUCAGUCCUCUCGAGAGGACACUAUUGCCAAUUUCAACAGGCCCAUGGAGGAGGAGGGCUCACCUAGGGUCAUUUUGAUGUCCUUGAAAUGCGGAGGUGUUGGUUUGAACCUCUGUGCUGCCAAUCACGUCAUUUGUCUUGAUCUUGCUUGGAACGCCGCUACCGAGAAUCAAGCUGUCGACCGAGCUCAUCGUAUCGGCCAAAACCGAGAGGUCACCGUCCAUCGUCUCAUCAUCAACGACUCUAUCGACCAACGUCUUAUGGAGCUGCAAAACACCAAGCAGGCGCUGAGUGAUGGUGCUAUGGGCGAAGGAACUGCGGUCAAGGUCGGCAGACUGAGUGUCAAUGACUUGAUCAGACUGUUCGGUGUGAACGGUGGUGGACACGAUGCCGAGUAG